AUUUUUGUAACGAGCCAAAUGUGCUCAACUUUAUUAAAUAACUCGAGAACAAUUAAUUUAAUGCCUCUCAAUUAAGCCUUUACUAUCAUUAACUUCAUAGAACUUUUAAUGCAAUUAAUGAAAUAAGACGAAAACUGAAGACUGAAUUAAUCACAUUUUUCAUUCUAAAAUAAAACUUAACAGCAUAAACUCGCUUUAAAAGAUGUUUUGGUAAAAAUAUUUUCGUGAAGUUGAAAACAAAAUUUCUUUUUUCGUACGAUUAAUAUCGUGAAAAAGUUAUUGAAAUAUGAAUAAUCCUUUCAAUUCAAAUGAUCGAUAUGGUAACCAACAAGGUCCUGUCGUCAUCCCACCUCAAGGAAAUGUUAAUGAGAAUUCGCCAAGUUCAGGAGCUAUGGGAUUCCAGUUUUCAAAAGAAGAACUACAGGUUUUAAAAGAGUGCGAUAUUGAAGCAUUAGUUCAGCGAUCAAUUCCUAUUGGGACCACUUUCGGUGUUGCAACUUGGGCUGCCAUUCAAAGAGGAUUUCUCGCUCCAUCUGUUAAAUUUGGAAGUGGACCAAAAGUUCUCGCAGCAGUUGUUGUUGGAUAUUUUGUAGGCAAAGUUUCUUAUCAGCAGAAGUGUGCCGAAAAAGUGAUGCGACUGCCGAACAGUAAACUAGCAGAAGCUCUUCGUCGUCGUAGAAAAGGCGAAUUCUUUGAAACCUUUACGCAAGAAGGUGGUCUCUCGCUUGCUCCAUUUUCAUCAUCAACAGAUGUAUACACUGAUGAGAAUUUAAAACAUAAUCAACAAAAUUCUCUCGAUCUUGAUGUCGAUCGUCCGGCAAACUUUGGUCUUGAUGAUACUUAUCGUCCAUCAAUUGAUACUCCAGAUAGAAAUUUUGAUGAUAAUUUGCCAUUAGAGCCGCCGAAGUCGUCAGUUACUUAUGAAGAACUGCGCAGGAAGAAUAGAGAAGAUCAUGAAAGAAGAUUAAAUCAGCCUUUCAACAGACAAGUAAAUCGCAAUGAAAGCCCAACAGUGCAAAGAGCAUCUCAACCUCAAGAAAGAGAUGAAGUCAAUCGACAAAGUGGAGUCCAGAAUAAAUAUGGCGAUGUUUGGAAAUAAAAACAAGUCUCAGGCGCUUCAAAUAUUUAGUUCGUUCUUUAUUAGAAAUGAUUUCCUUGCACAUCUUGAACAUUUGUGCUUCAUGAAAUAAAAUUCAAUUAUUAUAAUGAA